ACGGUCUCACUGGCGAAAUGUACGUCAUUCGUCGGAAUCAUCUUCGAAAAUUGAAAAUGGAUCGGUAGCUGGGAAAGAAACUUAAAGCGAAAUACGCAAAGAAAACGGCUUUUGUCCGCUAUUUCAGCGAUUUUUUUUGUGUUGUAUCAGCGGAGGAAAUUUUAACAACGACCAGGACCCACAACACCACAGCCUCAGCCACUCCUGCAGAAACACCAAGGCGCAUCCAACAAUAAAGAAGAAAAAAUAGAAUACCCCUGCACCACCACACCACCACAGCCACAACUACAACUACAAACUACAGCAAGCAAAAACAACACAACUGCACAGCCCAAGCCCACAAAGGUGAAACGCAAAAAGAGCGCAGAAAAUUAAACGGAGUCAAAGAGAGGAAUAAUAAACCCAAAUUUUUGCUUGCGCUUUUGCCUGUGAUGCCGAUGUGAUGAGAGAAAUCAGCGAACUGCAACAACACCAACCACAGGGACACCAACGACGACUCAACCACCAAACUUGACCAACGAAAACAGAAUUAGAUAAACGGACACUAGAAUCGAAUCCAUUUACCCACUACAACAACAACAGCAGUAGCAGCCGCAUUUCUUGGCAAUUGGAUUAAAAAGAAGAAAACAUCAUCCCAUAGGCGGCCACCAUUUUGAAUGAGCUGAAGCGCAAGAGAUAGAGCUGAGAGAGCGCGAGAGAGCGAGGCGAUACUUCGGCUCUCAUUUGUUGCACUACGCAUUGCAGCUGGCCCCGCGGCGUAAACGUAACCGAAAACCGAAGACCCUUUCCAGUCUGGUCUCUCCGUCUAAUCGCGUCCGGAACCAAAAGCAACAGCAACAUGGUGGAGCUGGAGGAGCAGAAAUCCAGCGCAGCAGCUGCCUCUGCCUCAGCUGCGACGCAGCAGCGGAACGCCAACAACAACGGCAACAACAACCCCCGAGGUUCUGGCGACAGCGGCAUACGCAGCGGCAGCGGCGUUUCCUGCAGCAACACGGACAACAGCUGCAGUCAGUCAGAUGGGCAGAAUGAGCUAACUCGCUACAGCAGCGAGGAUGUGUCGGGCAAUGAGUCCAGCGAGGCGCCCAAUAUGACCGAAGUGGAGCGGCAGGCUGAGUUGAACCGGCAUAAGGAGGAGAUGCAGAAGAAGAGGAGGAAGAAACGCAUCAGUUCCUCUUUGCAUUCCUCAACGUUCCAAGAGCUGUAUAAGCUAACCGGCGAGAUUCUGGGCGAGGGCGCCUAUGCAUCGGUCCAGACGUGCGUCAACAUUUACACCGAUCUGGAGUACGCCGUGAAGGUGAUCGAUAAGAUACCGGGACAUGCGCGUGCGCGCGUCUUUCGCGAAGUGGAGACAUUCCAUCACUGUCAGGGCCAUCCGGGCAUCUUGCAACUGAUUGAGUUUUUCGAGGAUGACGAGAAGUUCUACCUGGUGUUUGAGAAAAUCAACGGCGGUCCCUUGCUGACGCGCAUCCAGGAGCACAUCUGUUUCUCCGAGCACGAGGCUUCGCAGAUAAUCAAGGAGAUCGCCUCCGGUCUGGAUUUCUUGCACAAGAAGGGCAUCGCCCAUCGUGAUCUCAAGCCGGAGAAUAUUUUGUGCGUCAAGACCGACUCGCUGUGCCCGAUCAAGAUUUGCGACUUUGAUCUGGGCUCGGGGAUUAAGUUCACCACGGACAUAUCCUCGCCGGCAGCCACUCCCCAGCUACUGACACCGGUUGGAAGUGCCGAAUUCAUGGCCCCCGAAGUGGUUGAUUUGUUUGUGGGUGAGGCCCACUAUUAUGAUAAGAGGUGCGAUCUAUGGUCCCUGGGAGUCAUUGCUUACAUCCUGCUCUGUGGCUAUCCGCCAUUUUCGGGCAAUUGUGGCGAAGACUGCGGAUGGAAUCGCGGUGAGAACUGUCGUACGUGCCAGGAGCUGCUUUUCGAGUCCAUUCAAGAAGGACACUUUUCCUUUCCGGAGGCCGAAUGGCACGAUGUCAGCGAUGAGGCCAAGGAUCUUAUUUGCAAUUUGCUUGUGAAACAGGCCUCUGAUCGCCUCAGUGCUGAGGCGGUAUUGAACCACACCUGGAUUCGUGCCAGCGAACACGAGCCGAAGGCGAAGCAAACUAGCCGCCACAAGGCACUGCAAACGCCAGCUAACAUCCGACGCAACCAUCAGUCGGCGAGGGAAAUCUCUCAGUUUGCCGAAUCGGCUAUGGCAGUGAAACGCGUGGUCUUGCAGCAUUUCUCUAUGCGCUACGACUAUAUGAAGGAGCGCCCGAACAUCUAUCAGCCGUCACAGGCGUACAUGGAUGCCUACAGCGAUGAGAACUACAAUCCCAAGCCGCCGGCUCAUUACACUCGCAAUCGCUCUCAGCGCAAUCCCGCUGCCGCCUCUCUGUCCAGCUACGGCGGACGCGCAUCCUCGAUGCAUGGCCAGCGUGCCAGCAGCCGUCAGUCUUCCAGGAAUGCCUCUCGCAAUGCUUCGGCAAUUUAUCCCAAUAGCGGAGGCUUUAAGACUCUUAACGUCCACGAGGAGGAUGAUGACGAUGAGGCUCUGGAGGCAUUUGGCCGUAUUGAUGACGAGGACGACGAGUGGGCCAAGUCGACGAGGCAGUAUCAGCAGCAACGUGAACUGCAACAGCAGCAGGAGGCGCUGGGCGAGAAUAGGUAUGCUAGGCGCGAGAGCGGCAGUGAGGGCGAGGACAUGGAGGAGGAGGAUGGAGAGAGCGAGGACUAUCAACACUAUAAGCAUUAUUGGCGUGAGUUGGACGAGGAUGAAGGUGACGACUAUCUCUAUGAGCAGCAGCAGCAACGUGUCGACGACAUAGCCGAGGAGGAGGAGGAUAACGAGAACGUUGAGGAGCAAAACGUUCAGGACGAGGAGGAGGAGGAGGAGAAGCGACCAGCCGACAAUCUAAAGCAAUUGAAAGCUAAAGUGGAACAAGUUGGCGAUGCCAAUGUGGAGGAUUCGAAGCCACAGCAGGAUAACGGUGGGUAUGAAAAGGAGGAACUUAUCGAUAAUAUGGAUAUGGAGGAAACAACCCAGCAAAGCGAAUUUGCUAAGCUCACCACAAUGCGCAAGAAUGCGCAGGAGGAGGAGAAGGAGAAGGAUACCGAGGAGAUCAAGCAGCAGCAAGAUGAUGAUGAUGUUGAUGGGGCUAAGAAGCAAGGACCAUCAAGUGAUAUUAGUGCUACUACCAUCACCGAUAAUAACAAGCAGCAUACACCAGUUACUACGACUACGACACACAUUAACAACUGGCAAGCUGGCGAUGCAGAUAAUGAUGAUGAUGAUGUUAAACUAUUGGAUAGUAUUAGUGAUUUAAAUGAAAAGCUACCUGAAAUUUAUGAGACUGCAAAUAUUGUUGUCAACUCAGCUGCAGUGCCAGCAGCAACAACACCAGCAGCAGCAGCAGCAUCAGCAACACGCCCACCAACCGAUAACCUAGAAGAUGAUUCGAACGCGAUCAAACCGACCACUGUGGCUGAGGGGACAACAAUGCGAACGACUUUUGGCAAGGCGGCAGAGGUGGAUAUGGAGAUGAAUGAGAAGAAGCCAACCCCAACCCAAAGCCAGGCCACUGGCCAAAGCAAGCCCGGCCGUAGUGUUUACUUUGCCGUCGAUGCAUAUCAGAACGAUGAGGAUGCCGACAUCGAUGAGGAGGACGACGAGUACGACGAGGAGGAGAUGGAGCAGCAUGAGCCACGCAAGCAGCCACAGCACUCCAUGGCCAACGCCUACACUAGGAAGCAGCGACAGCAGCAUAUUAAUAGGUACAAUGUACCACGCUACCAGCCAGCGGAGGCAGCAGCAGCAGCCUGUUCUCCCAGACAGCAGACCGAGAACUGGCGCUAUCGUACACAUCAUUCGCAGGAGCAGCAGCCGGCGGCGAGCUACCGCAAGUACCGUCCGCCCUUCAGCACUGGCGGCGGCGGUGGGCACUAUGGCAACCAGCAGCGCAAUUAUCUGGGCAGCUUCUCGCACAGCGGCGGUGCCGCUGGCUACAAGGUGGCUCCCAUGCAGCUGCCCAUGCAGCCGCCACAGAAGCUGCUUCCCCAGAGGCACAACAGCGCUGGGAGCAGCGGAAGUGGCAGUGGCAGCGGCAGCGGUGGAUCACCGCCUUCCGAUGAGCAGUCAACGAUCCGAAAUUGGCGACAGGAUUGUGUCUACGCCCGCAGCUGUGGCAUGAAUCAGCCGCCGCCUUCGCAGCAGCAGCAACAACAGCAGCAGCAGCAGAACAAUCGUUCGACUGCUCAGCGGGCUCAGCAGCAGCCGCGAAUUGGCAGCGGUCGCUUUGCUCACCUGCAGGCGGCCCAGUUGAUGGAGGAGCUGCCCGACAUGCGGAUCGGCCUGUCGCCGCCCAGCGAGAGUGUGCUGCUCCAGCGACGCCUGCGCCAGCAGCAGCGGGCCAACGAUUUGUCCGAGUAUUGCGAGCCGGCCACAGCAAGUGGCUAGUGAUUACGUUGUCAAUCCUUUUGCACUUGGGCAGAAAACUCUGUUUUUCACGCACAUUCUCUGAUGAA